AUGAGUGAUAGUAUUGACUUCAACGACAUGAUAAAUUAGAACAGAAACAUUUAUGGUACCUAGUAACAAAAGGAUUAAAGCAAGAUGAUUCACAAACCUGUGGAUGAUUCAAGUCUUACAAUUGAUAAUAUUCUUAAAGGAAAUCAAGCAUUUUAUAACCCUAUGUCACUUUAAACAUCAUAAUUGAAAGAUAAAAUAGAAGAAGAAUCUUAAGAAGAAAAAGUCAAUUUUUUCUAAGAAGUUUAAUUGCUAACCAAAAUACCUGAAAUUGUUUCAUUCAAUUUAAUUUAUAAUUACAAGACAAUAUUUAAGAAUGAGGGUAUACCAUAUGAGGAAGCUAAACAUUUAGACAAAACUCGAAUUAAAAGAAAAGAAAGGGAGUUAAAGGUAAGCGGAGCCUCUGUAGAAAAAGAUAUUGCACCAACAAAGAAGCAAUAUGUUAGACUAUAUAAAAAUCAGAUUUCUAAGAUUUGUUUUAUGGCUCCAAAAAGUCUUUCUUUGAUUAGCCAACAUUUAGGGAAUAACACUAAGUGGGAGAAACAGUUAAAGAUUUAAGAUUUUGGUGGAUAAAGGCCUUCUUUAUCAAUAGUUCAAGAGAAGACCACUGGAAGAUUCUAUAUCUACGAUAACAAAUUAGGAAAAGUGCAUAUCUUUAGUUCAGACAUGUUAAUUAAUGACAAUAAGGAUAAACCUUUAGUUUCAUUAAAUCUGAAUGAAGACAAACCAAGGUAAGAUCCAUUAUUAUAUUUAAUUGAAUGCGAACAUGAAUAUUAAUGGAAGAGUGUGCUUCUUGUGAUUGGAGGACAUCAUUUAUAGAGAGGAGAAAAGAAACCUUUGAAAACUAUAAAAGUGUUUGAAAUAAAAAGAAGAGAGGUUACAUUAACACCUGUACUAACGAUAACAAUGACAAAAUCAAGAAUGAAUCCUAUAGUUUUUGAUCUGAUUAAAGACAAAGGUCUGAUUUGGUAAGAUAAGGAUAAUGAGGAUAAGGAGAAAGUAGAUGCUGAACACAGAUCAGUGGAUUAGAAAUACAUCUUUAUAAUGGGUGGCAAUCCAUUAUUAGAAUAUGAAAAAGAAGUUGAUUAAGAGUUGAUUGAGGCUAAUUAAACUUGCGAAUAUGUUAGUUUAAAGUUAAUAUUGGAACAUAUAGCUAGAGCCAAGCUAUUUUCAAUGACAGAUUAAGCCAAUUUGAGUUUGAAUUUUGGAAAAUUCUCGAUAGUUGAUACUCUUACUAUUAAUUAUCAAAACAUUAUUGCAACUGAGAAGGUUUAUAACCAUUUUUACAAUGCUUCUGUGACAAAGAUGGUGGAUGAUGUAUUCAAAUAAAAAGCAUUAAUAAUUCUGGGAGGCAACACAACUUAAACAUUCUAAAUUCAAGCUAUAUCAUUCAAAUUAAAUGAGAUUACUUUGAUUGGAUAAACAAAACAAAUAUCAAAACCGUCUCUUAUAUACUCAGCCAGCAAUUUAAGAUAUUUUGAGAAGAAAGUCUUUUAUUUUGAUGAGACAGUUAAAAAGGAUCCAUCAUAAUUAUUAAACAUGGAAUCUAGAAGAGAUACAAAGAUAGUUUGUAAUUGCAGUAUAAUGUGA